AUGCGGCUGGAUGGAUCAGUUGAAUCAGAAAAGCGUUUUGAAGUUGUGAAGGCCUUCAAUUCUGACCCGACCAUUGAUGUUCUUCUGCUUACGACACAUGUUGGUGGGCUUGGUCUGAACCUGACAUCAGCUGACACCCUUGUUUUCAUGGAACAUGACUGGAAUCCAAUGCGGGAUCAUCAGGUUGUUACAUACAUGCGGCUGGAUGGAUCAGUUGAAUCAGAAAAGCGUUUUGAAGUUGUGAAGGCCUUCAAUUCUGACCCGACCAUUGAUGUUCUUCUGCUUACGACACAUGUUGGUGGGCUUGGUCUGAACCUGACAUCAGCUGACACCCUUGUUUUCAUGGAACAUGACUGGAAUCCANGGAUUAACGCAAUGGACAGAGCGCACAGAUUAGGUCAGCGAAAAGUUGUUAAUGUUCAUCGUCUCAUAAUGCGAGGAACCCUGGAAGAGAAAGUAAUGAGCCUCCAGAAGUUCAAAGUGUCAGUUGCUAAUGCUGUCAUUAAUGCAGAAAAUGCUAGUCUGAAAACAAUGAAUACAGAUCAGUUGCUUGAUCUAUUUAUGUCGGCUGAAAGCAAAAAGGGAGCUAACACAUCGAAAAUCUCUGAUGAAAACUUUGAUGGGCAACCAAAAUUAUCGGGUCGUGGAAAGGGGUUAAAAGCCAUCCUCGGUGGCCUUGAAGAACUUUGGGAUCAAUCACAGUACAGUGAAGAAUACAAUUUGAGCAACUUCUUAGGCAAACUAAGUGGCUAA